CACACAGUUUCCUCUUCCUGACAAUGACAACAACAGCUGGUAGCAGCUAAAGAUGGCCGCCGCAACUAUGGCGGGGCUCGACGCCCACAGGAUGGAGCAGAAGAAGUUCGAUUACUUCUCCUCCAUCAACUCCAUGGCUAAGAAGAUAAUGCAGGAGCGGGAGAAAAUCAAAGCCAAGCACGGCUCGUCAUGGGAGAAAAUGACGCCGGAAGAGCAAGACAACGCUAUCGACAACGGGAUGAUGGAUCCCCACAUCCGAGCCCGAUACGCUAUGCACAGAGUCGACCGUGAAGAAGUGGUCUGUUAUCCUAAACUGCUCAUUCAGACGGGUCAGAAAAUAGUUCACUUCGGGGAAGAGGAUAUCACCUGGCAGGACGAGCACUCUGCCCCCUUUUCAUGGGAAACAAAGAGCCAGUUGGAAUUCAGUUUGACAUCAGGCUCUGCAGACCAGGGGAUCUCCAGCUCGCAGGCAGACGCAAAGGCUGUAAAGGUCCCUCAUUCAAGUCAGACUGGCAAGAGUGCACCAGGAACCAAGGUGUCUGUCAGCGAGGGACGGCGGCCUGAGGAAGAGUCAUCUUUCUGGAAGAUCAGCGCAGAGAGGUCCAGGCUGGAGGGAGAGCAAGCUGACUUCCAAUCUCUGACCCCCAGCCAGAUCAAAUCCCUCGAGAAAGGAGAGAAAUCCCUCCCCUCCUACCUCCGACAAGAGACCUCUGUCCCCUCCAAGGAGCCUGAGACCGCAGACCCCCACCCUCCAGCUCCUACCAAGUCCACGAAGCAGCGAGCACCCAAACCUCCUGCUCCCCACCCCCCCGUCCCCACCGCUGUUAGUGCAACACCAGCGUCCAUCUCCAUCUCGUCAAACCCAGCCCCCCCAGUCAGUGUGUCCUCGACAGUUGCAGGCUGGGAGCGAUCUCAGAGCACCCUGCCAUCAGUCAGCAACACCAUGGAUGAAAUGUUCUCCUCCAGCAUUAUCUCCAAGCCCUCCAGCAGCUCCACCAGUGUGGAGAAAGACAAAGGGGAGGAAGGUUCAUCCACUAGCCCCACUUUUGCCCAGUUCAACACAAGCAGCAGUAUCCUGAAGACUGGAUUCGACUUCCUAGACAACUGGUAAACCACAGCUGAGACCAGUCACCGCUCUGAAUGGAUCAUUCUCAUCAUCACUCUAAAGAAGAACCACACUGCCAUGACUACAGACAUCCACGUCUAGAUUUAACAAACACCAGGCUUUCAAAUGACCACAUUAUGUUCUUGUAAUUACCUUCAGCAGCUUCUUAAGACAUUAUCUCACUGCUUGGUUUUGCCCCACUACACAAACUCCCUUCUCCUCACUGGGUUGAAUUUCUUGCUAAGCUAAGUGCAGCGUGAGCAGGAACCUCACAAGACUGCAUGUACUCUCCGACUGUGCAUUCACACUGCAAUCAGCUUGGUUUAAAGGUUACACAAGUCAGAUCACACACACAGUUCAUGUGCAACAGAUAAGAAAUAUCACAGAGGAAAGAAAGGAUCAAUGCCCUGCUGGAAUUUGAUUGUGGCAUGAGAUGCAUUUAUCCAAUUGUUAGCCAAGCGGUUAUUGCUGUAAUUAAAGUCCUGAACUGUGUGAGUUUACAAACUGCUCCCAGCUGCAUUAACAUUCUUAGCUGGAGUGGGACUUUGAUGGGCAUGAUGCAGCUGUGAUAAACCAAGGCAAAUGGUGUGAGUGAGUGUAGAUGUUGUGGACCUGAGACACUUGAAGUGAGUGGAGUAAGUGGGGCAUGUGUUGCUAGCUGACUUCUACCGGUUUUACCACAUCAUGUAGUCAGUCACCUGCUUUGUUGCUUCCUUUCGUAAUGGUAAAGCGUUUAGUCACCAUGGCCAGCUAGCCACGAUAAUGUGGAACUGAAUAAAGCAGGAAACACUAAGUAAAAUUAAUUAAGAGGCAACUGUUGGUCUUAGCUACAGCUGCUCCCUAAAGAUAGUUCUGUCAUCACUUUUACCAUGAAAAGAAGUGCAAAGGUAUAUGAAAACACAUUCUAACUGGCAGGUGAAUAAAGUAAUGUGGAAGCCAUCUAUUGGCCAAUCACUGUUCCAUUUCUCAUACAACAAUUUUAUUAGCUGCCCUAUUGAUCACGUUGCUUGUGGUGUGAAUGCACAGUAAUCGCGUGACUUUGCUGCCUUCACAUGCAGGUUUUGAACACUAAUCUAGCAACAUGUAUUGUACCAUGUCAAAUGACCCUUUUUUGUUAUGAAGAUUUUGCUCUCUAAUGUGCUUUUAUUUAUAUUUACGCUAUAUAUUCCUAUAAAUCUAAGGGUGUUGGAGCUAAAGUAGUGCUCAGUACUGGAGUCCUUUCCCACGUAGUGCAAUUAUUACAGGCGACGUUCCUUUUGCUUACGGAAUACCUGGAACAUCAUGGAGUUUUACCAUUGCAUCACUUCACAGGAAUUUAACAGAAUGUGUUUCCAACUUUCACGCAUUCACUGACUUAGAUGGUGGCUUUCAAAAAGUGGAAUCCAGACUGUUGUCCUCCCUGGCAUUCAAAACAAAAAGGAACAGAGUGGAAAGCUCAAACUGUGUCAUGGAAAACUCCUCGUCGGUAUGUCUGGAGCGCCGCUGAACUUGUUACAGGUGUUCCGUAUGGGUUCAGCUUCCUGCCAACCCUUCCUUGACACCUCACCCCUCCCACCUGUCACCUGUGACCUCGAACUAGUGCUGAGUAAGGCUAGUGUGCAUUUAUAAGCAAAAUGAGACGAGUUUCUGGCAAAUAGUCGGGCAUGUAGUGAUUUGUACCACUUGUGUCAUAGACUCAAAAUCCAGUUUACAUGACUAGAGUACUAUUUUACUGAAUUUUAUAUUUAUCUGCUUGUAUUUUAUGUUAUACAUGUACAUUGCAUUCAUGCAUUUUGGGAUCACAGAUUUGAAGGAAGUAAAUAAAUAAGUCAAACCUG